AAUUUGAUGAGUAGGGGGAGGGGUUACUGGGAAGCUGACCAAGGCUUCCGGCUCCCGCGCGGGUGCAAAAGUGUUGUGUGAAGUUACGCGGAUUCUUACUUGAUUUACCCAAAAUGGAAGCAAAAGACAAAGAUCAAAUCAUGGAUAUUAACUCUGGGGACGAGUCAGCGAUGUAUCAUGUGAAGGUCGAGCCAUCUAAGGCUCAAAGCAAAAGGAAGAUGUUGGCUUCAGCUGCUGCUCUUAUUGCUGUGUUACUAAUUAUAGUUAUUGUUAUUGCUGUUGUUGUCUCUACAAAUUCAGAAGAUGGGAAACAAAAGAAGCUCAAGAGUAAAAAGGAAAGGCUUCCACUCAUUGUUAUUUCAAUGGAUGGAUUUAGAAGUGACUAUUUGACAGAAGAAAAUGCACCAAAUAUUAUGAAGCUAGCUAAGAACGGUGUUAGGGCACCAUUUAUUCAGUCCCAGUUUCCAACAAAGACAUUCCCUAACUAUUAUUCAAUUAUCACGGGCUUGUAUCCUAUACAUCAUGGUAUCGUGGCAAACAGUUUUUACGAUCCUGAACUGAAAGACUCCUUCAGAAUUGGCGGACCUACAUAUCUAGAUCCAAAAUGGUGGAAGGGAGAACCACUUUGGCAGACGGCAAUGAAACAAGGGCUUGUGUCUGCUUCAUACUUCUGGGUUGGUUCAGAGGUUAAAGUUCAAGGGAUGUUGCCAAAUUUUACAUACACUUAUAACAAAUCAGUGCCGUUUGAGCACCGUGUGGACACAGUGUUGAGCUGGCUAGAUCUCCCUCGUCAGGAAAGUCAGGUGAACCCUGAAAAGGAUGAUGGGAAAAGGCGACCUGAUUUUAUCACACUGUAUUUCUAUCAGCCAGAUGGAGCUGGACACAAUUAUGGCCCAGGAUCCCCACAGGUAGAUAAUGAGACCCGAUACGUUGAUAAAAUGGUAGGCCGCCUGUUUGAGGGUUUGAAGAUUCGCUCCUUGGAGGAUAAGGUCAAUGUUAUCAUGCUAACUGACCAUGGUAUGGCAAAAACUGAUUGCAAACGAGCUAUUUAUUUGGACGAGUAUGAUGUCACACUAGAUGAUAUCAUAACACCUCAGUGGCGUGGAGGAGCAUUUAUGACUUUGUCUCCGCGCCCACAAGUGAAUGAGAGUGUCAUACUUUCUCGUAUACAGUGCAAAACCAAAGAAAUGCGCGUUUUUACUAAACACGAGCUACCAAAGAGGCUGCACUAUUCACACAGCAAUCGUAUCGGUGAUAUAAUCAUUAUCCCUGCUGCCGGUUACCUCUUAGGAACAAAUAUUAGUUAUGCAGCCCUGUGUAGAGCAGGCGGUAACCAUGGUUACGACAACUUGGAGCAUAGUAUGCGGGGUAUAUUUGUUGCGAGCGGUCCAGCGUUCAAGAAAGGCUUUAUUGCAGAUCAUUUCCUAAAUACGGAGUUGUACAACCUUAUGGCAGGUUUGAUUGACGUCAAGCCAGCACCCAAUGACGGCACAGACGGCAGCCUCGCUCACAUGCUUGCCGAACCUCCUAACAACAUACCCGUGUCCUCCCCUGUGGGGGAUGGAAAUCUGCUACGUGAGGAUAUCUGUCGAUAUCCGUCAGACAGCGUCGCCACUGCGCGGAGGAAUUGUAAAUACUGCGUGUGCUCUUGGUGCGGGCUGAAUGAUUCCAUGAUCGUGCAAUUUGACAAGCGUCUUGAUCUGUCCGACCAACAAAUCGCCAGUUUAAAAAAGAGCCAUUUCCCCUGGGGCCUUCCUCAAGGAGGGGCUGGUAAAGGCGGCUGUCUGUUGACCCAGUCCGAAUACCUCACUGGAUAUAGCACCUACCUGCGCCUACCCCUGUGGGUUGGAUAUCGACUUGACGGAGAGAAAUCCGACCAGUCGCUUCCGAGAAAAAACUGUUUCCGUCAUGACGUAAGGCUGACUAAUUCCCAGGCCUCCACGUGCACGCAUUACUACAAGUCAGGGUUUGACCGUGGUCACAUGGUGCCAAAUGCCGACCAUGACUAUGAUGAGUAUCGCCCCACAAUGAAUACAUUCCUUCUAUCGAACAUCGCACCGCAGUACCACAAGUUCAAUAUCAGGGACUGGCUAAACCUAGAGAUAUACGUACGUGAUCUUGCAUCAGGUUCCACUUUAUACGUCAUUUCCGGUUCCAUUUUUGACGAGGAUGCGGAUGGUAAUCGCGACCACGACAACAACAUCACAAGAUGGAUCAAGGAUGACCGGCCGAACACGGUUGCCGUACCAACACACUUUUAUAAGAUUAUCACGCGGUGUAACGUCAACAAAACCUCGCUCUACGAGGUUCCCGGAUGUUCAGGUCGACUAGAGGUCAUUUCCUUUAUCCUGCCUCAUCGUAGCGAAUACCAUUGCCAGUAUCGUACAGACAAAGAGUACCUAUUAGAUCACUCGGCCUCGGUACGCGACGUGGAACGCCUGACUGGAACUAGCUUCUUCACCGACCUACCCCCGGCAGAGCAAGCUCGCUUGAAGGCUGCGACUCCAAUCGAACUAUGGCCCACCAAGUAAAUUACCAACCAAUCACCGGGUAGAUUACCGGACAAGUUACCGGACAGUUAGUGUAAUCUGUUGUCCGAGGUCUGUCUCAAUGAAACAAGUUAACUUGCAAUAUUACUAUUUUUGCGGUUUUUUAAACAAGAGGUUUUUUAGGAUGUUUUUGUAAAAAUAGCCGGUCAUGAAUACGUACAUUGAUUAAAUAUAUUCGUAGAAAGAAGUAUACGUCUUGUAGAAAAACUUUAAAUAGAUGAUUUACCAAUACAUUGCUCAUUCAAAAUAAAAGAAAACUAUUUCUCUGUUUUA